AUGCAAGCAUCAAAUGAACUCAGCACCUACCAUUACCAUGGCCAAGAAGGAGAAAACGUACCAGACGAUGUGGAAACCCUCAUUGUCGAUGCUUGCGUAUCAGUGUUACCGGACCAUUUUUGCAGUUUCCGAAGCGAGCUAAAAGAAGUUCAUCUAGCAGAAGGACUGAGAGAAAUUGGAACGGCGGCGUUUUACGAAUGCGUGAAUUUGAAGGAUAUCGAGUUCCCCAGCACACUCGAAACGAUUGGAGAACGAGCAUUCCUUUACUGCUUUGCGUUGACGAGGGUUCAUUUCACAGAGCCAUCAUCAUCAUUUCAAAGAAUCAAGGAAAGAGCGUUCACAGGAGUUCCGUUACGAAAAUUCACUUCGCCAUCUAGUAUGAGAAUAUUGGACAGACACGUCUUUGCAGAUUGUUACUCAUUGCUCGAGGUAAAUCUUGGCUUUUCACGGCUAUGUGAGAUUCCAAGUUUUGCAUUUGAACAGGCCGACAACCUACAAGCCGUCCGCCUACCGAGCUCUGUGAAACGCAUCGCUUGCUAUGCAUUUUACGAUUGUCCCAAUCUUGUCACGGUGGAAGUCAUCUCAUCACCGAAUCGUCAUCCCAUCUGCGUUGAGAAGAAGUCCUUUUUCAACUGCAAGUCACUUGCCAAUAUACGGAUAUUCACAGCACAUGGGAAGGUUGACGAGGCGGCCUUUGAUGGGUGCAUUCUACUGCACGAAUAUUGUGGUACAAGGCAUGAUGAGAUUAUUCAUGGCCAAGCUCGCCGUUUUGAUGAGCAUCCCAUCCACCACUUGUGCUACCACUCAUCGACCACCACGGUGGAAGAACUGCGUCGAUGCAUCAACUCCCAAGGAAACUUGAGUCUAUUGGUCACAGACAAUUUCGACAUGACUCCAUUUCAUAUCUUAUGUUCUUCUGUGGAACCCCGUCAAGAUUUAUUCCUUGUGCUUCUGGACAAUGGCAAGUGCCCAGCACACUAUAAUGUACUCGGUUGGAAAGAUACCAAUGGCAAACGAGCAAUGGACUAUCUAAUCACCAACUGGUCUCCUGAAACUGCAAACUUGUUUCGAGUGGCCAUGCAACGCUGGAUAAUCGGUUCAUGGGAGCGGUGGGGUGCUACCGCAGGCCUGGAAGACAUGGAGGGCCGUAUAGAAGCUAUACUUGAUCGAUCUGUUGACAAGGAUCUCCGGCAAAGUUUGUUCAAUGAUACAUGCUCUGCAUUCGAAUAUUAUGCAAUCAUUGAAACUAUGUCAUUGCUAGAGUUGGCCAUAUGGAAACAGAAAAAUCUGGAAGUGGGUGAGAGUCGACGAGAAGAGUGCCGCUUGCUCUGCCAAACCGAUAUGGUGCUUGCAAAUGUAGACUCCAAGCAACAACAACAAGAAAAAGAAGAAGAAGAGCAAGGUCAAGUCGUGGACGGGGCAACGGAUGAUGGCAACAAUCAAGAAGUAGAUCCCAUCAAGCAAGCCGCCGACGAAGCCAAGGCCAAAGAAGAAGAAGAAGAAGAAAUUAAAGAGGAAGAAGAAAAGGUUUUAGACAAGGACACAAAGGAAGCUGAAGAUCUAGAGGGUGCAGAAAAGGAAGAGGGGACUAGCGAUGAGGAACAGAAAUUGGAGCACGCUCUCAAGGCGGAAGAAGAAAUCAAGGCUAUGGACCAAUUGACUUCUGAAGAACAAAAGAAGAUUGCCCAACGACUGCAGAAACAGUUGAAUUUCAAUCGUGAUCAUCCCUAUGGAGUUACACUAUUGGCACGGGACAACCAAAACAACCGACGACUCUUUCCUAAUGGACCAUUUGGAACCAUUGAUGUUGCCGAAUCGGAUUGUCAAGAUGGCGUUUGCCCACAUUAUUCCGAACAACCAGAUGCCAAAUUGGAAAAUGCCAAACAUACCCCAGUUCAUAUGCUGAUUGCUGCCUUUCGGGAUAAGUUAUGUUCUCGGACCUUGCAUUAUGCCUUUACCCAGGCAGAGAAUCCAUCCCGACUCUUCAUUCGUGUCAUUGAUCAAGUCCAACCAGGAUCCGAUCUGGAAGAUGAUGCUGGAUGCUGGGAACUCUAUUGCGAAAAAUACAAUCACAAUUGCAAUGAAUACAAGUCGCAAGUUCGAAUUGUCAAGAUUGAUUCGGCUCAAUCCAUGGGCCCCACCUACGCUCGAUCGAAAUUAUCCGCCAUGGUUCAUUGGGAUUACAUCAACCGUGACAAGAGUGAGGAAAUUGAUCUUCAAGUUGUCAAUGAACAAGAUUACUGUAUGCAGAUUGACAGUCACAUGAAUUUCAGCAAGCGCUUUGAUACCCGUCUCAUUGAAAUGCAUCACCGGACCAAGAAUGAUUAUGCUGUCUUGAGUACCUACGUUACAGACAUUGAAAACAACGACCAAGAUGAAAAAACCGUCCCCAACCUAUGCAUGGUGACCUUUACUUCGAGUAUUCGCAAUUGGGGAACCAAAGAAUGCAAAUACCUUGUCCGUCCAAAGUUGACCAACGCCAUGUGGGGAGCUGGAUUGAGUUUUCACAGAUGUCAUGGAGAACUUGUGGUACCUGUCGACCCGUAUUUGGACAAUGUGUUUGACGGCGAAGAGGGCAGCCGUGGAAUUCGAUUCUUUACCCACGGAUAUGACGUCUAUGCUCCCGACAUCGUCUUGGUCACUCACGAUUACAAGACGCAUCAGGGGAAUCCAGUGGUGCAUACCUGGGGUCGGGGAGCCAGGCAACAUCAGGAUGAAGACGAGGACUUGAAAGUUGGCGAAAAGAAAUGGAAGUGGAUGGAGGAAAUUAACAAGCAUCGUCCCGAGCUCACCGUGUUUGGUACGGAUCGAGUCAAUAUGCUUUUGGGCAUUGGUUCCCAUCACAAUAGCACGGAGCGAGAACAGAAAGAACUCGAUUUGAUUCGCAACUCUCGUUUUGGUCUGGGGACAAAGCGAACCAUGGAACAAGUGAAGGAGUUCACUGGAAUCGAUCUAUUGAAUAAGAAAAUGGAAUCCAACAAAUGUGGUAACAAUUACUGGGUACCAUUUGAAGAAUCUCCCAACUAUGGUGUGCAAGAGGUUUUGGCAAGAGGAAAUGUUGGAAAGGUCCAGGAGCCUCCCAAACCAGAAGAAAUCAAAACAAAGGAAGUCGCCAAAGAAAAGAAGGGAGCAGCCCCACCGAAACAUGUCGUCGUCGCCGAGGAACAGGAGGAGAAGAAGAAAGAAGAAGAAGAAGAACCUGUUGCUGACCAAUUGGAGCAUGAAUUGUUAGAGGAAGACCAAGUACUAAAGAAUGCGUUGAAGCAAAAGACUGUCAAGAAAUCCAAAAAGAAAAAGCCACUCGGGGACCUCUUGUCGGAGCCAAAUCACGAUAUUGUGAAACGAAAGAAAAUAAGAGGUGCUGGUGCCGUAUUGCCAGAAGAUUCUUCCCCUGACCUCCAUUCAAAUAGAUUCGAGAGAGCCAAGCACCUCCUUGACAAUGCCAAACCUCAGAUGCGCCAUGCCGCUGAAUUGCUAAAGACCAAGGAAGAAGCACUGAUGGCUGGAGCUGUUCGGUUGAAAGAAAAGGAACAAGAGAUGAUUUCCAAUGGCCAAGUGGAUUACCAAUUCUUUGGUAUCGUUUCGUUGAUAAUCGUACUGUUGUUGUUCAUCAUGUCGACACAAGGGAAAAAGAGAAGAGACCACAAGAAGAGGAGUUAG